AUGGAUACGCCCAAAACCCUCAGCGGCCUACACCUGGCAGCCUGUAUUGUACGUCGUGACUUCCAUGGAAUCUGCCCAUCGUACAGCGUUCGAGGUGUAGACAGCCAACCAAGAAAGAAGGCCAAACGUGACACGAAUAUCGAAGAACAAGUGUUAUAUCGACCUUUUAAUGAUGAUAACGAGGCUUUACACCGAUAUCUCUCCGUGUCACCAAGGGCGGUGGAGGUGUUCGACCUCUUAGGAAGUGGUGAUGCCAAUGCUCAAAGGCCUGGAUUGGCAUUGUUAUGGUUCAUACUUUCACGAUGCUCAAACGAAGAGACGCGACAGCAAGUAGCUGACCAUGUGCUCACUCGCCUAUGCGAGCAGAUGCCUGAACUAAUCGCACUUGGAGAUACAGCGCUGCACUAUCUGUUAAACAUUGUCUUAGAAUGCGUAAGGAUAGCACCUGUUGAAAAAAUACGGGUAUUCCUUUCCACAUUCGGAUUUUAUAAAUUUUUUGGGAAGCAAAGUGUCCCUAAGGCCAAAUGCAACGCAUUCUCAGUUGCGGCGUUCCACUCCUUCCUUGUUGAAAAUGGACUCAUCGAAGAUUUGGGCUUGUGUGAAUUCCUACCAAAAGACAGUAAUCUUUUCGGAGAUGUUACUGAUCUCGUGGAGCUGUGCUACGCCAAUCAUAAAAAGCAGCUAUGCAUUUUGCUACUCUUAGGAUUAAAGGGGUUCAACAUCAUUGAUCAGACGUAUAUAGUACGUCAGGUGUUCGCUCACGUAAAACAUGACGGCUUUAUGGACUCCAUAUGUACCAUACGGCUAUUCAUCAUAGCCAUGUCAAAUUUCAUGACUACCCAAUAUCCCAGACUAGCGUUCACUAUUCGUGAUACCAAGUGGUCAGAUGUACCGCAUUCAGUAAUAUCCUCCACAGCUACUGCACUCUCGCACGCUAUAGGCCACGUUACAGAAACACAAGAAAAAGAUCAAGAAAGGAUAGUAAGACUGACCAGGAUCAUCGUGGAUAUGUGCUCAGAAUUCAUUGACAAUCUCCACUCCAUAUCUGAUGUUUCCACAAUGGCAACCGUGCUUAAUAUCUUUGAUCCCGCACAACUGGUAACAGGCGAAAUUGUUUCACCAAUACUAAAACAGAACCGUGCCUUGGGCCCACUCUACAUGUCAUCCAUGAAAUGCAAGUAUAAUGGAGACCUCGAAUACGUUGCAUUGCUCAAGUUUCUGACCACAUGGUUUGAACACACAUCAACACUAGCCGUGACGCCGGACGAUUGCCUGCUUUAUAUACCCCCAGUACUCACCCCAAGCUUCUUUAAUGCCGGACUCCUAUCUGGAGAUGAGUCGACUAGUCGAGGUGCCCUGCGAAUGCUGGCAGCUUUGAUGAGAUACUUGAUCGCCUCCGCUGCUCAGGGAUCCCGUUCUAUCGCAUCUACCACCAUUUCUGAACGUCUGUAUGACAUAAUCCCAGAUUUCAAGACACUGGUUAAUGCUAAAACAGCUUUAAGCAGGAAACAAAAAGUUGAAAAGGAUAACUUAUCCAUCAACAUCAAGAAUGAAACACGUUCCAUGGUAUCUACAGAAUUAGGAGCUGUGGUAACAGGUGACUCGAAAAAACAUAUUUUGGGUAUUGAUGAAACUGUCGAACCAAUUACAGACUGGCUAGAUUGCCUGUACCUUUACAGUACAGUCGUCGGAAUUGGAGAUGGAAAGAGUUUGUACGAUCCUUGUAAGCUUUUGAAGGAAGAUGUCAUCAUUAAAAAUGCGAACACGCUCACUUCUGCAAUCAACGAUAAAAAUGAGGGCCAUAUGGAUACCUCUAAGUUAGCUUGCAGUAUAAAACUAGGCAUCUCUCUGGCAAAUUGUCUAUUUUGCUUAGGUAUCGGGGAAAUCCAUUCAGGUGUCGCUCUGACCAAAGUACAAAACAUUUGCUUUCAAUAUAUACUGCGCCGCUAUGUGGAGUUGAAAUCGGCAAUGGAGCAACAUAAAUGGGAUUUGAAUCUAUUAUUUGACUACCAGGAGCGGUGCAAAAGUUGCGUUAGAUAUGUUAUAGAAAACAGCGGGGUAUUCCCGAAGGAGGUCGAUUCAUGGAUAUCUGGCAUCAAAACUGAAAGUGACAUCCACGUUUUCCAUUUGUUGUUCAACUACUGCACAGAAACACCGCUAGAUGCGCUUUUUGGAUGCCUGUCUGCGAAACCAGCAGAUAACCCUGCAGUCAACUUUAAGUGCCUCAACUGUUUUACCGCUAAAGAGUUCAAAGGGCCCCUUUUUAUGCGAGCAUCGCUGGAUUUCUUACUACACUUAUCUAGUCAGGACGCAGACCAACUUCAAUGCGAUGAUUGCGGCACCAGACAAAUGAAUCUGGUUAAGGAGUUCACGAAGCGGGGGAGUGAAGCAUCUGUGGACCCGGCAAUAGCUGCAGAGUACAUACUUAGGGUAUGUACUCAAGCCAAUACAGGCGUAUCUAGUGGAUGCGUUAAACGUGUAAUUCACGCAGUGUUGUCGAAACACGAUCUGAAACUAGAGAAGAAAACUGUGCGUAGAGGCAGGAAAAGGAAACGUGCUACUAAAUCUCGUUUAGACUGCGCCACAACAACAACCUCUGCGGUGCCCACAGUGGUGGAUAACAAGUAUCUCAUGGGAUGCUCGUCAUCGAUUAAUGCCAUCGAGAGUUUCAAUCAGGACGUAUUGGCUCUCAAGGAGCUUGGUAAUAUCACCAUCGAUGUUCUGAUUGCUCGCUUAUCACAGUCACCCGAGCAUAUCCUCGCAGUUAAAGAAGAAUGGGCAUCUGAGCAGCAACGUCCAGUGCUGAUAAAAUUGAUCAAUAUGGGCAUAUUAAGGUUGUAUACAAACCUUUUUUCCAUAAUGGCGGCACUACUGGAUUCCGAUGAUGUGACGAUUGUGACACCGGAUGAAUUCAAAGAAGUGGAGUUUGAUGACGAUCUGCGUUGGGCCCAACUUUAUUAUUUGCAACGCCGAUUCUCACUAGAAUGCGAAGUUUCAGGUACUAUUUCUAUGGUCCAGGAUCGUAUGUUGGCCAUGUUGAGUGAAAUAUGCGCUGACGCUGAUACCGAUGACGAACUCAAGACAGCUAUGGCCCUUACUAUUUCAAAGUUGUGUACCAUGAUACCACCAUCCGCAGUGGAAUACGAUGCACCAGAGCUCUUGGUAGGCGUGAUGAAGUCAGUAAGAUUGCCCAUAGAGUGCAACAAAUGUGACGAUGUUCUGUCAUGUGAGUUCGGGUACGCAAAAUACAUGCUUGAUAUCGCAUCGUACCUCGCCUCAGCUAUACCGACAUCUGACCUGACUAUCGCAUAUGAACUGUUACAAUCGCCACAAAUGUUGGAAAUGACCGAAGCGAUUUGCGAACUAAACAGUCAUCAGCAUUUUACUGGAGAUACAAUCGAAGCAUACCUAUUUUUGUCAUUCGUGACAUUUAUGAUGUCGUUGAUACGUCACAUUUGCAAUGUGGAUGCUGAUAUGACAAAAAUUGACCGCGAAAUCAUCUGUCGACUGCUAGAGGCCGUAGCAGGAUGUUAUAGGUGUUCGUACUCUGACAGUGAUUUAGUCGUGCGGGAUAUAAUCAUGGCUCUCGUUCGUACCCUAGGUGGUUUGAUGGAGGACCCAAAGUCGGUUUGUAUGAAACUACCACCGUUUAAAGACUUCGCAUGUAUCUCUGAACUAUCAUGCCACGCAGAUAGUUCAAUAUCGGACAAAGAUGUUAGUGGUGCAUUGGGAUCAACACGCACAAAGCAGUACGGCCGUAGAACAAUUAACCACGGUGUCUCCCGUGGAUGGAUAAAGAUGAAGUCGGGGUUUGCAAUGGUAUCUGCCAGCUCUAAUUGGCUAUGCCUAAAUAAUAAACGUGUAUCAAUGACACUUUUAUCGUUCCCAGCCGGAGGCAGUGCCGAUCGCGGGAAUUUGAAAGAUACUUAUCGCAUCAUCUCCAUUAUGUGGCCACCUACAACGCCGCAAGCGUCCGAUAGGAGUGAUACGGUCUUGCGGGCCAUCACACGCCUUGACAAGAUCUUAAGUAAUCACAGUAAAUAUCUGGAACAGUUGGUGGUGGGGGAUCCUUACAUCUACGAUACAACAUAUUUGAUCCCAUUUAUUUUGGGAAGGCUCUGCGCCAUGCUCUACGAUCAGUUAUAUCAGUACAAGCAAGAACUUAACAGCGCAUUCGAGAGCAUGGGAGCGUUGCACGGAAAUACAGAUGAAGCUGCUCCCAACAGAUUUAUUAAAUUCUUCUCUUUACCGGAGGCCAAAGCCGCCGCGAAACGGUUAUAUGAACAAAUGCAGUCAUUCAAGUUCGACUUCGCCAUUGGAGAGGUUUUCAGUCCCUUGUUCAUGGAACAAGUGGUCCGCAACGGUGUGGUCGAGAUAUGCACGCUUGGCCUAUUGUCCGCAGAUACUCGCAAAGAUUCCAUAAAAGCAUUGGGGAUCAUCACCAAACUUAUCCAGAAUAUGAUGGACGCUACCAUAGUUCGAUCUGUGGUCCCUGGCAAAGACGGGCCAUACAAAUUGCGACGUGUUGGAUUAUUCGGCAUACAUCAAGUGCACGCAGUAUUGUUCUUCAUACAAAGGUGUCUACUCUAUACCGAUACCGGUGACCCGGCUCUACCUAUGUUGAUAGCAUCGCAGAUGUUUCGUCAUGUCAUCAAACCAGAAGAUCCUCUUUACCAGCUUGGAAACAAAUACUUCAUUUCGAAAUUCCAGCCAUCUAUGGGAGAAGUUCCAUUAUUUUUUGAAUGUUUCAAUGUGCAAGGUGUGACCGAAAGGAUCCAUUUCCUGUCGUUCAUACUUCAGGUAUUGUUAGGUUCAGCUUUCCUGCUAAACGAUUGCAAGACACUGUUUCGUCGCCGAGUGCUGCAGCAACUCCUUUCGUUCGCUCUAGUGGAUACAACGCGUUGCGAACAUCGAAUACAGAUCUGUGCGUUCUUGCAUCGAUGCGUUCUGAGGCAUUCUACCAUAAUCACGGAACUGUACUCCAUCGGCACCGCAACAUGGGCAAGCGCAAUGUCACUCUUGUUGCGGAGCUCCAAUUUUACAGAGGCAAAAGACGUGGUUCUUAGCACUGUAUUACUAUGCUCAUUGACCUCUCUGGUACGGAGCCUUGGGUUAGCCAUUUGUGACCAGUUUUCCUCAGCAAGUGGUACGGCCGAUGCAGUAGAGAGUCAAGAGCACUCAUUUCCUACCUUAAAUGGCGGUAAUGACGCCGACGGAGAAGUCGCCUUGCCUAAGUCCAACAAUUUGAUAGAUACAAUGGAUUCAAACGUCAGAUAUGUAAUAGCCACUCUUGAGGCGCUACAACGGAUAGCAGAGGCAUGGUGUUACCUUAUUGGCCAUGUUCCUAAGGAAAAAAUACAACGCUUACAGUUCGAAGGGUAUCGUAUCUAUUCCCUCGCUAUGAAGGAAGUGUUGUUUGCCUUGAGACAAACUGUUAUGGCACCUAACGUUUGUUCUGAUGUUACUAUCAGCAACCUGCUCUUGACCGCUGUCGAGAUGGCGGAGAGUGCCAUAGGCAGAGCGACGUCUAUUAUGUCUAACCCGUAA